AUGGUGAAGUUGGGGAACAAUUUCGCGGAGAAGGGCACCAAGCAGGCGCUGCUGGAGGAUGGCUUCGACACCAUCCCCCUGAUGACGCCCCUGGACGUCAAUCAGCUGCAGUUCCCGCCCCCUGAUAAGGUGGUCGUGAAAACUAAGACCGAAUAUGAACCGGACCGCAAGAAGGGCAAGGCGCGUCCUCCCAAAAUAGCCGAGUUCACUGUCAGCAUCACGGAGGGCGUCACCGAGAGGUUUAAGGUCUCCGUGCUGGCCCUCUUCGCCCUGGCCUUCCUCACCUGUGUCGUUUUCCUGGUUGUCUACAAGGUGUACAAGUAUGACCGCGCGUGCCCUGACGGCUUCGUCCUCAAGAACACCCAGUGCAUUCCAGAAGGUUUGGAGAGCUACUACACGGAGCAGGACUCCAACGCCCGGGAGAAGUUCUAUACGGUCAUCAACCACUACAACCUGGCCAAGCAGAGCAUCACCCGCUCCGUAUCGCCGUGGAUGUCCGUCCUGUCGGAGGAGAAGCUGUCCGAGCAGGAGACCGAGGCCGCCGAGAAAUCGGCUUAGCGAGGUGCGCCAGUGCCUGCCAACAAGGUGUCGCUUGGAGGUAACAAAGGGACUUUGAGGGACAUUUCAUUCAAUAUAAUUACCGAUACUUUAGAGGUUACUCAUUUCUGGUGCGAUUGCUUCUGUUUGCUAAUGCUGCUUUGCAAAUACAGCGUGCUGCAGGCCACUUGUGGGCGUCCAACCAGGAGCAUCUCAGCAUUGCUUCAAGAGCUCUGGCCCCACCUUUCAUGUUAAGAAAUCUUAAUUUAGCUCCUUUACUGGGAUUUAUUGGAUGCCGUCAAAAAAUAAAUUUACACUGGAUAUAGCAGGGAUUUGGACUAGAGAAAAAUAAUGUAUUUUGUGGAAUUCAUUUUUUUCCUAAACCACCUUGCUGUUUGCAAACCUUGCUCUAUAGCCACACCUAGAGCCAUCUCUUGCUUAGCUAAGAGCAAGCUUUCCAUUUCUUUCCACUUCCCAUCAGAGGGUGAUGGUGCUGGUCGCCCAGACACACUGUAGUCAGGGGUACAGUUUGUGGAGGGCAGACCCCCCCUGCCCCACCCAAGUGGACCUGCGCAUGAGCAAGUGCCCGUGAGAGGCCUGCUUGGGGUCACUCUGUCACUGUGGUCCACAGAAGGUCACUUAGUGCCCUGGCUGUGCCUCUGCUAAAAAGUGUGGACAUCUACUUGCAUAGGGGGUAGCUGUGUUUCACUUGGGGUGUCCACAGUGUCACAGCAUGUGCGGUGAGGGGCUCUGGGGACAGGGGACCUGGGGUCCUUAGGCUGUAGAACCUGACUCCUUGUAGCUAUCCGGCCCCACGACCUGCAGAGUAGGAAUGAAACCCGCUGGCCCUUUUGCUCACUUCUGUGACGAAUACAUUUGCACCACCAGCCUCGUUAGCAAGUGAGUUUGUAAAAGUUAGCACAGCGGGGAAGCGGCGAGGUUGAUGCUGGUUAAGCCAGGGCCCCUUUC